CAGGACGUAAAAUCCAUACCAGCCCAAUCAUAAAAUGCCGCGCAAAUACCCUAUCCAUUGUGAUUUUGAAUUCCAUAGCAACGAUUAACUUCCCGCCAUAGCGACUAUAUUUGUGUAUCAAACAAACUGCCAAGUGCUACCGGUAGAAGACGCAAUUUUAACAAUUUUUGAUUAAUUUUAAUCUGAAUGGAAUUAUGGCUCUGCAAAACACAAGGAAAAACUUUGUUAAGGAUCAAUCUAAAUUAACUUACCAAAAUUCUGUUGAUCCACGUCCUCUGAUGCCAGGAGUAUACACCAGACAUCACCCUAGGGAAUGUAGUCAUUUGCUGCGUUUUCGUCCAAUCCAUAUGAAACAUGACAAUCCUUACGAAGGGAAGGAAACGGAGCAGCUUGUUUCAAAGGAUAGCAUCCGGAAUUUACUGAUCCCUAGUCAGAACAUGUCCGUUUAUCCGGUAAUUUGGCAUAAAAAAGAAUAUUACAAAUUGCAGAACAAGGCAAAGUUGAAAACGAUGGAUGAUAAGCUCACUGAAUUUAAACUCAAUGAAAUAGAGAAACGAAACAUGCUGGAAGAGUCAGAGAAACGCAAAAAGCGUUUACAGGAAAUUGAUCGUGAGCGUCAAGUGAAAGGUACCGGUAAUAUCCUGGAUGAACAUAAAGACGAAGAUUCCGGCACGACGGCAAGAAAGAUAAUCGAUAGAGCGUUUAAUGCCAAACAAGAACAGGAAGAAGAAGUCAAGAGGGCAAACAGAAUCAUACUGGCUGCAAAAUGUCACAUCAUUCGGGAUGCCCAAAUAGCUGAGAAACAAGAAAUUGAGCGUGAAUUACGAUCAGAAGAGCUUAGGCUGGAAAAAAUGAUGUUAAACGAAAACGAAAAAGCACUUCAAGAAGAAGAAAGGAAACGAGACCUGAAUAAAAUAUUAACAACACAGCAUUCUGAAGAAAUCCGCAAUCAGCUUUUGCAGAAGGAAAAAAUGCGCUUGAAGGAGGCUGAAAGAAUUGAAGAGGAAGCUCGAGUUCUGAAGCAAGCGCAACAAGCGAUUAUUGCAGAUGAAAAGCGCAAGGAAAAAGAACGCAUUGAUCGAAUCAAUGCAGUACGCAAUGAUUUGAAGAAAGCGUACGAACUGUCCGCAUACUAUAAGCAAUUGGAAUUUGAAGAACAGCGCUUAGCCGAACUUAAGGUACAAGAGUACACGAGACUAAGAAAUGAACGCCAAGCAAAAUUGGAAUUCGAGAAGAAAAUUGCAGCUGAGGCCAAAGAACGUGAACAAGAUCGAAUGCUGAAAAUACAACAAAAGUUACUCACUACGAAAUCAUCAAAAAAUGAUAUGGAUCUACGUCGAGGGCAAGAGCAUGUUGAACGUGAAUUCCGUCGAAGGGAAAAGGAAGCUGCUAUAAGGAAACGUGAACUAGAACAACAAAUUGCAGUUGCUCGGGCAGCCCAAUUGGAAGCAGUUAAAACAGAACGAGCAAUGCAGAUAGCACGCGAUGAGCUGGAUCACAAAAAAGCGGUGGAGAAACUCAAACAAGACGAAACUAAAGAAACAGAAGGGAGGAAAAAACAACUUCGUCUGCGUGAAAACUAUCGUGACGAAAUAAUCCAGCAAAUAAAUCUGAAAGAGCAGGAACGCCGUGAACUCGAACGGUGCUCUAAAAAAGAACAUGCUGCAAUGCAAGAGGCAAUGAAAAACCGUGAAAUGGCUAUCAAAUCCACUAUAUCCAAUAAAAUCAAAAUGAUGAAGGAGAGCAAGGUUCCUGAUCGGUUCAUAAAGGAUGUUGAAAGACAACUUAACUCUAUCAAAACUGAUGCGUAAAUUUAAUCACGUGUGUUCUCAUAUUUAUAAUGUAAAUAUAUUUUUAUGUGUUUUAUAUGAAAAAAAAUCUGUAGUA